UCACACUUCCUCCUCCCAUAGAGAGAGAGAGACAGGGUCAGAGAGAGAGAGUAUUAUUAAAACCAGACAACCUUAAGAUGACCAGGAGCUGUGUAGUCCUGUUCUCUUUCUAUUCAGCAGGCUUAAACCAUUCAACAGAGGCACGUUUUGAAAGCACCAACACUGAAAUCGUCCUGGCAUCAUUCAACACCCCAAGUUCCAGCUAAAUUUCUAUUUAAACUACGAGGCUGACCACAAGAAAGGACAUGAGGGUGCAACCCAUCUCAAGAGUGAAAAUUCUGCAGGAGUUUCGUUUGCAAUGCCAGACACUCGCAGCCAAUGACAACAGAGGCUUUAAUCAGGAGUUUGAGGCGCUGGAAGAAGUUGGCAAAUACCUCCCCAACAGAUCGGGGGACUUGGAGGCCAACAGAGAAAAGAACAGAUACCCCUACAUAUUGCCAUAUGACCACUGUCGCGUGAGGCUGUCCGUCCAAAACUCCCAACCACACACUGACUACAUCAACGCCAAUUUUGUGCCUGGUGGAGGAUCAGAGAGAGACUUCAUCUGCACCCAGGGUCCUUUGCCCAACACCGUGGUUGACUUCUGGAGGAUGGUGUGGGAGCAAAACGUCAGGAUAAUCGUCAUGGUGACAGCCCUGAGACACAAGGACUGGGUGCUGUGUGAGAAAUAUUGGCCUCUGGAACGAGGGACAGUUCAUCAUGGACUGAUCCAAGUAACGACAGUGACCCGCAAACAAGGUCCAGUUUAUUUUAUCACCACCAUUAACCUCAGACAGAGAGACUGUCCAACAGGCAGGAUCAUCACACACUACUACUACCCUGCCUGGCCGGACCGGGGCGUCCCCAAAGACUUGUCCUCACUCUGUGCCUUCACUGAGCAUGUGCGGCAGGAAUUGGAAGCAGGUCCACGCCUCGGGCCGGCUGUGGUGCACUGCAGUGCAGGUGUUGGGCGUUCAGGGACGUUUGUGACGUUGUUGUGGCUGAUGCAGCUGUGUGUGAGGGGCAUCCGGCCUGAUAUCCGAGCUGCUGUGGAGGAUCUACGACUACAUCGAAUGUGGAUGGUCCAGAAUCUGGGGCAGUACGUAUUUGUUCAUCAGUGUCUGCUACACUGGCUCAGUGGAGGAACCUCAGCACGGGCCCAAAUUCAGGGAUCCACUUCAAAUAUUAACCACCACAUUCAGGAUCAACCCCACAGCUCCUCGGGUCGCGGGGGACGAGCGGGUAGGAGGAGACAUCGCCAUCAACGACAGACGGCUCCAUCGGACCAACCGCUGAACACAAUGCAGCAGAUUUUACACCCUAGGAUGCUUCUGAGGAGGUUACUUCCUUCCUCGUCACUGUUUAAUCCAGGCUCAAACGCAUCCUGAACUCACAAAGCUGAUAAUACAAAAACAAGCAAGACUGACAAAAGGAUUCAUGCCCUCAUAGCAGUUAAGAAGGAAGGAGACUGCAGAAAUAAUGCUGACGACAUGACCUGACCUGGCCUGCAGGUGGUAAACUGGCCUGACAAGAUGCAGAUAAAUGCUGGUAGAGAUAACAGAUGCAGCAGUUUGUAUUGUUACCAGACGGAAAAGUUCAGGAAGUAACCUGCCAGUCAGGUCAAACCUGCUCCUCUACUAUGAACUACUCACCAGGAGAUCCAUGGGAACAGUGAUGAGGCUGCUCCCUCUGAAUGAAGUGUGAACACACACGGGUACUUGUGGCACAGUUAUUGAAACCACUAACUCAUGUAGCCCGGUAUGCUUAACCAUAAGCAUAUUGUCUGCUUUACACAGUUAGAAAUUCUAAAACAUACUUUUUACAAAUAACCUCACAUGGUUACCUACAUUAUUCAAAACUAAAAGCCUGCCUGUGUGUUGUUUCCUUAACACUGACAUUGAAAUACCACAUUCAAUCAGCAAUCACCUGCACCCAGAAGGCACCUGUUUGUUCUUUACACAAGAGGACAAUUUUGGAGAGAGUUAGACAACUGUAAUUGCAAUGUCCUGUAUUUUGUUUAAAGUACAAUACAGUAACUUUGUUCAUGUCCUCCUCAGUAAAAGUAACUGUGUCUGAUAGUUAUGAGUAUUGAGAAUAAACUAAUUUCCCUAUUUCA